AUGUUUGACAAAUUACCAAAAACUUUCAAUGACAAACUAAAAAAAAGGUGGAAAAGUCAGGAAAUGUUAAUGGAAAUAAAUCGAGUUAUAUUCAUUGUUCUUGUUCUUUUUAUACAUGGCCGACAUCUUUGUUCCAUUGAAAUGUGUUUUACUUGGAAGGUAUCUCUUAAUAGUCUUACCUUGAUCUGCAAGUUGAACUCCCUUAAACAUCGAAUCUUUAUUGACAAUCAACGAAAUGUGACUGUUGCGGAUUGUUUUAAACGUUCAUGUGAUUCGUAUUAUUCUAACGGAAGUAUUUCCUUAAAAAAAGAAAAAAACCAAACAAUUUAUAUUGUAAAAGGAAUAAUCAAUGAACAUGUCAAUGGAAAUUGGACUUGCAGACAUGGAAGAAAUAAAGACACAGCAAUUGUUGACGUAACAGUGUUAACCAUUAAAGAUAGUAAUAAUAUGAAAAUCUGUAAACCAUCAGUUAGUCAUGAUGAUGACAGCUUACCUGACGCGAAGAAUGAAAUAGCCCACGUAAACUGUUCGAACACCAGGAAAGAUGACCAAUCAAAAUCCUAUGAUGAAACUUGUUCAACAACUUUAUUUUGCUGGUUUAUUGGAAGCUUUGUUGUCUCAUUAAUGCUCUUCAGAUUAUUAACAUCGGUAUUGGUGAAAUGGUGUGGAAUCCGCUUAGACGAUAAACUAGAUAGUGGUUCAUUUAAUUGUUUUACUUGCAUUUGGAAAUGGAAGAAGGAAACAGUCAAUGUUAUGAAGAACAUCUUCCUAAUGGUUCUUAUUCUAAUAUUUAUUGGAGUAGUUUUUUGGAUUGGCAAUACAGAAAAAAGACCAUGUUCACAUACAGGCAAGUAA